CAUACUUUUUAUUUACUGUACUGCGCUGCAAAACAGAUGUUUUCACUGGUGCUGCCAACGCGGCUCAAAACCUCGAAUUCAGGGCGAAAAAACAAAGCAACGCAUUUUCACAAUUUCUAAAAAGUAAACAAGUUUUAUAACAAACAAACGAUGGAGACCACAAAAACAGCUGCUGCGGAAAAGUUGGCGGAGCGCAAGGCCCGUCUGCUGGACCUGCACAAGAAGCGCCAGGAGGCGCGUACGGACAACCACCAUGAAGUAGUGGCAGAAGACGCCCGCAAGAAGCUCCCCAAGAACUGGGAGGCUCGCAAGCGACAAGCGGAAUGGAUCCUAGCGGACGACAAGGCGCGAUCGGAGGCGCAGGCAGCUGGCAAGGAUUACGAACGUCUAAAGCUUUUGGAGGUCUCCGCGGUCGAUGCGGAUCGCAUUGAGAAAAAGAAGAAGCGUAAAGACAAUCCAGAUCUUGGUUUCUCCACAUACGAAGCCCAAACAGCCAGGCAGUACAACAGAUUGGUCAAGAGUAUGCCUGCCCGCGAUAUGGAAAAGUACGAGCGCCAGAAGGAGGAGCUCGGCGACGCAUUUUACGGUGGUGCACACACCACUUUGCAUUCGAGGACGAAGGACACCCCAGGUGCUAUUACCAAAAUGGUUAAUGACCUGGAGCAGCAGAUAGAGCGUCGCAAGAAGUACUCUCGCAGGAGGAUCUACAAUGACGAUGCGGAUGUGGACUUCAUCAACGAGAGGAACUCCAAGUUCAACAAGAAGCUGGACCGAUUCUACAGCGAGCAUACAGCCGAGAUCAAACAAAAUCUGGAGCGUGGAACAGCUAUUUAAGUUUAGUAUUUUAUUAUUUCUUAACCUUAAGAUCAGAAUCCGAAAUGUACCUAAUCAACUUUGUGUACGUAUAAUAUUUGCCUAUCAAUAAUACACCCUUUACAUAAAA